ACCAGAGCUGUGAGGAGCAGCAGAGGUCCUGGAUACAAGGGAAUUGUAUUCUGGUUUAUUCUACAGCAUUUCAGGCCAACGCAAUCUGCUGGGAGAAAGGAACAAACGGUUAGGCCUAUGGCAUCCAACCGGAUAUUGAUAAAAGGUGGUAAAAUAGUGAACAGCGACUCUUCCCAAAUAUCUGAUGUUUACAUUGAAGAUGGAAUAAUCCAAGACAUUGGAGAGAAACUGCAGCCUGAUGACAUCGCUGGUGUGAAGGUCAUAGAUGCCAGUGGUAAACUGGUGAUUCCAGGAGGCAUUGAUACCCACACACACAUGAGUUCCCAUUCAUGGGCAUAUCUUCGGUAGAUGAUUUCUACAUAGGGACAAAGGCUGCGGUGGCCGGAGGUACAACCAUGAUCAUUGACUUUGCCGUUCCAAAGAAAGGCUGCUCUCUGAUUGACGCGUACGACACAUGGCGGAGCUGGGCCGACCCUAAAGUGUGCUGCGAUUACUCUCUGCACGUGGCUGUGACUUGGUGGAGCAAAAAGGUAAAAGAGGAAAUGGCAGUCCUUGCGAGAGACAAAGGGGUUAAUUCCUUCAAGAUGUUCAUGGCCUAUAAGGACCUCUACAUGGUUAAUGACAUGGAGCUGUACCAGGCCUUUACCUGCUGCAAGGAGAUCGGAGCGAUCGCUCAAGUCCAUGCAGAGAACGGAGAUCUGAUUGCUGAGGGCGCUAAGAAAAUGCUGUCUCUGGGAAUCACAGGACCGGAGGGCCAUGAGUUGUGUCGACCAGAGGAGGUGGAGGCAGAAGCUACACAGAGAGCCAUUACUAUCGCCAACUCUGUCAACUGCCCACUGUUUGUGGUCCACGUGAUGAGUAAAUCUGCUGCUAAGGUCAUCGCCAACGCACGGAGAGAAGGUAAAGUUGUGUUUGGGGAACCCAUAGCUGCCGGCCUCGGCACCGAUGGCACUAAUUACUGGCACAAGGACUGGAUUCAUGCUGCUGGGCAUGUGAUGGGACCCCCACUUCGUCCUGAUCCGACCACCCCAAAAUAUCUCAUGCAUUUACUUGCAAAUGACGACCUGAGUGUGACGGGAACGGAUAACUGCACAUUUGACACCUGCCAAAAGGCGCUUGGCAAAGACGAUUUCACUAAGAUUCCAAAUGGAGUGAACGGCGUGGAGGACAGGAUGUCAGUCGUCUGGGAGAAAGGAGUGCACAGUGGUGAUAUGGAUGAGAACAGAUUUGUAGCUGUCACGAGUUCCAACGCUGCAAGGAUUUUUAACAUGUAUCCAAGGAAGGGGAAAAUUGCCAAAGGCUCCGAUGCAGAUGUUGUUAUCUGGGAUCCAGAAGCUACAAGGACUAUUUCUGCUAAAACUCAUCACCAAGCUGUGAAUUUCAAUAUAUUUGAGGGAAUGGUUUGCCAUGGAGUCCCUCUAGUGACCAUCGCUGGUGGAAGAGUUGUGUAUGAAAAUGGAGCCCUGCACACUGUACCCGGCCAAGGCAAAUAUAUCCCGAGGAAACCGUUUGCCGACUAUGUCUACAGCAGGAUUUUAAAAAGAAAUGAGGUGUGUCAACCAGAACCAGUGCAGAGAGAGCCAUAUAAAGGGGAAGUCAUCCAGCUAAAAUAAAUAGCACUGACAAUGUAUCCAUGAGGCAAUCAAAGCUGCACAACAAGGAAAACUGGUGCACUAUAAAGCGCUGUUAUUCCACGACUCUGCAUUACUUGUGCUUCUCCACCGAAAUAAAUUGUCCUAGUUUAUGAACGUUCUCUGUCUUCUCAGUAUUCCUCAGUUUGUGCUCCAGAACGGUUCUUGCUCCUAUAAGUGAAGGUUGUCACUAGAGAUGAGCGAAUCGAAUCCCACGAAGUGGAAUUCAAUCCGAAUUUCACGAUAAAUUUGAUUCGCCUAGAAGCUGAAUUUCCUCGUGCUUCGUGUCAGCGAAUCGAUUUAACCUGAA